UGGUUAAUCGAUAUGGCUCGAAAGUCAAUCUUUGUUGACAUCGGUAUAAAAAAAAAAUCCAAGGAGUAAAGUGGAGUAAAUUUGACUACUAGAACACAGAUCAUAAUUUGAAUUCACAGAAUGCAUCACACCGACGAAAUGCUGUCUGGACGUUUAGUUAGUCCAUUACAUAGUGGAGCAAUAUGGAACAGAAAUAUAGAGGCGUACAAUGGAACAGGAGACUACCACUGCAGAAAUACUAGAUGUACCAACUUACCAACAUCCACUUCAAAGGAAAAUGACAAACCCAAGUCUAAAAAGUCCUCUUUCAUGAUCAGUGAUAUUUUAUCUGAAGAGAACGAAAACCGAUCUUCAUACCCAGGAACCAACUUGAAUGAAGAUGGAGACAGAAGUUCACAUUCACCAAACUCAGAUCGGAGCUGUUCACCUGAUACCAGUUUGGGGCAACUGUACAGCACAUAUGGGAAAAUAAGUUCGUCAAAGCUAAAGAAACCCCGAAAGGCGCGGACAGCUUUCACGGACCAACAGCUUAACAGCCUAGAAAAACACUUUGUUCGACAGAAGUACCUCAGUGUUCAGGACAGAAUGGAACUGGCUACAAAGCUAGGACUCUCUGACACUCAGGUCAAGACCUGGUACCAGAACCGGAGAACAAAGUGGAAGCGGCAAACAUCCGUUAGCCUGGAACUUCUGGCAGAAGCAGGGAGUUUAGCCAAUGCUCAGAGACUAAUGGGAUCCUAUUUACAUCCUUAUUCAGAACCUGCUUUAGAUAUACCUGAACUUUACUACAGACAGAACUCAAACUUAAUCAUUCCACGACCUACGCUUCCUCAUUUGUAUAGUUAUUGAAAUGUAAAAUAAGAUAUACGUGAUGUUAUGUACAUGUAUAUUACUUAGCACCAUGGUGUUUGUAUCUCAAGCAUACUAUUAAACUAUUGACCAUUUAU